AUGAAGUACGCUUUCGCUCUCGUUACAUCCAUUGCGCUGGUCCAGGCCAGCCCUGUUCCUUCUCUGGCAUGUGUACCAGGGGUCAACGGGACUUCAACUGCCCUGCCCUGCUCCUUGCCCUCGCCUAUGUAUACUCAACCACCAGUUAAUCCCAACAGUACCGUUGUUUCUUCUACAGUAGUGUACAAGAACGCUCCCAAGGAAACGUUGGUCGGUCUUGCUCAUGUUGGAGUCCAUCGUGGAUCGAGCUCUCACCCGCCAAAGGUUACGCCGGGCAGGAAUGACAAGGCUGAUAAUAGAACGAAGAAACAACCUCCUGUAGCUCCGCUUGUGGAUGGGACUGGAGAUGAGGACCCUUGGCUCCAGCCGCUUACUGUCGAGAGUGUUUGUGAUUUGUUUGAUGAGAUGAUUAUCCUGGUUCAACCAUUCAACGCUCCACAAGACAGCGAAGAGCAAUACAUCAAAGCCAUGGGUCGACUGGAUGACUGGGGAAAUAUGCUGCUUGAGCUACAGAGUCGAAUUGAUCAGACCCCUGCCUUGAACCAUGUAGCCCAGCUUGAAGCAGCUAGCUGCUUUGCCAGGGUAAGCUUUUACAAAAAGACGUAUCACAUGAAAUGGUUAAUGUUAAUACCUGAAAAGUAUUCCAGAGCGGCGAGAAAGGCGCUAGCCAAGUUAAGCCACAACAUGCGUCUGUCGCAGGAAUUCGGCUGGAAAUGCAGGAUCCUGAACAAUUUAGAAGAUGCCUUCGAAGAGCACAAGUCUGUCGCUGUGAAGAUGUAUGGCGUCGACACAGACACGGGGACUGGACAGCCACAUCUCCUCGAUGGUAUGUUUGAUGACAGCCUCCCUGAAUGGUGGCCAACUCAUGCAGGUACUGGUACUCCUGAUCCUCGUACACCCAUUAGAGACUGGGUUCGUAGUAAGGACGUAGCCUGGCACCAUGAAACAGGAGGGUUUGCAGAGGCGAUAGAAGAAUGGCACGUCACGAGGCAGGAUGAUGGCACAUGCCCACCCUUGUCUAAAAUCGAUGAGAAGAAAUGGGGGCUCUAA